AUGAACUCUAACCGUCUUGAUGGUUCCAAGAUCACCAAGGUGUAUUUGGAAGCCAAGGAGAGGAACAACACAGAGUACAAGCUCGAGUCUAUGAUGGGUGUGUACCGUAAACUCACUGGAAAGGAUGUCACUUUUGAGUACCCUGUUGAAGCUUGA